AUGAAAUCUUUUAAAUUCAAAUGGGCCUUCUUGGCCCGGGUAAUUCUAUGCUCGCAAUUGAUGAAAAUGUUUGAUUCCGAGCCUUUUGAUGAGUGUGACCCAGAUAAGUUCUCUGGAAUGGAAGAAAGUGAGCUUCUAGAGCUUUUGAAAACCCAAACAGAUAAUAUAAAAACUUCCGUUCACAAUAUUAUGCACGGUGUCGAGGGAGGUGGGAUGUCCCAUAGUUCCUAUGGUACAGAGUCUGAAGAAUUGCCUAGCGAUUCUGGCGUAGAUCCUAAUGAUGGUUACAAAUCAGUUUCCUUAGAUCCUUCCGAUGAUGUUAAAAAACCACUACCUGAGCUUGCAGAUGAACUUUGUUGUAUAAUGGGCUUCCUUCUAAGUAAGGAAUUAAAAGUACAGGAAGCUAGAGAAAAAGUCGUAAAUUUGAUGGAGUUAAUACUUAAAAAGGCUAUCGAGGAGGCUUCUGGUGAGGAUGAUUCAAAUAUUAAAUCCUUAGAAUCUUCACAAGCAGAUGCACUUCAAAUAAUGGAUCAAAUAGAACUAUCUGGAACAAGCGCUUUAGACAUGUAUGGUUGA